CUACAAGAAAGUUGUCAGCUGGAAAGCUAGCUGGGUAUACUCAAUGUAAUGGAAAUUAACGUUAAUGUUGACACGAUCAUCAACAAGACUCGCACUUUGAAUAGAAUUCAGAAUUUAUUUUGUGAAUCAAGUCUUGAUUGACGCGCCCUGUCUAGAACUAUCUGGAAAGGAGGUACACUGUCCUGUCGGUUUUCAUGUGAACCCUAAUUCGGCACAUCUCAUUCUACUACGUAGCUGCUGAACAAGCGCUCCAGCUGUAAAUCUCCUGGAACAGGGUUGGGUAGCCGUGGCCAAAGUAAUUGAAGACACCCUUGUUAUUGAAGAUGUCGUAUCAGUCUGGUAUACCACAGGACCCAAAUCAGCUUGCCCAGACCAUAAGCUCAAAUAUACAGAAGAUAACACAGCAAACAUCUGAGAUUCAAAGAAUUUUAAACCUGCUUGGAACACCUCAGGACACCAGUGAACUCCGACAACAACUGCAACAGAAACAGCAGCAUGUUGGUCAGCUUGCCAAAGAAACAGACAAACGUAUGAAAGAAUUUGGUUCCCUUCCCGUGACAACAGAACUGCGCCAAAGGAAAAUACAGAAGGAUCGCCUUGUGAAUGAUUUUUCCAAUGCCCUGUCCAUUUUCCAAAAGACUCAGAGACAGGCUGCUCAGAAAGAGAGGGAGUUGGUCGACAGAGUCCGUGCCAACUCCAGACUUUCGGUUGGUUUCACAGAUGAAGACACCAGAGGAAGUCCCUCACCCUUUGAGAGCAGUGGGAACCAGUCUCAGGUCCAGAGCCAGCAGGAUGUUAUCACAGAAGAUGACCUCCAGCUCAUUGAGGAGAGGGAAUCUUCUAUCAGGCAACUAGAGUCUGAUAUAAUGGAUAUUAAUGAAAUUUUCAAAGACUUGGGAAUGAUGGUUCAUGAGCAAGGAGAAAUGAUCGACAGUAUAGAGGCCAAUGUGGAAAAUGCUGAUGUCCUUGUGCAGUCUGCUACCCAGCAGUUGGCAAGUGCUUCGGAUUAUCAGCGGAAAUCACGGAAAAAGAUCUGCAUUCUCAUUGUGAUACUGGUAGUAGUGGCAGUUGUUGUUGGAUUGAUCAUUUGGGGGGCAGUUAAAAGUUAAAAACCAACUGCAUCCCAUCCAAUACACAAAUUUAACACUUGUCUCUGACGUAUUUUUACUUUCACAUGUAGCCCUCUACCUUAUUCCUUAUUUUAAUCAAGAUUAGAUAAACAAGCUUUACUCAAAACAAUCAUGAUUAGUUGAAGUAAACAGUUUUUUAUUUUCAUUUAUUUAUAAAUGUAGGUGGAAAAGGCCAAUAUUCUACAUGUGGAGAUAACAAUUUAUAUGCUAUUCACCGAUUUGCCAAGAUUUGGGGAACACUCGGAAAUGUACAGUUUAUCGCUAUCUGUGUAAGUUCUAAAAGUUGUUAAUGAAUGCAUUUUUGUUUUGAUUCUGUAAUAUUUUUCAAAUUACUGUCACUGAUUUUUUUUUUUUCCCUAUCUUUAUUUGCAGUGUAUAUAGACUGUUGUUUAGUGACUGGAUGAGUGUAUGAGAGUAACAUUUGCUUUACAUUUACAGUCACUGAAAUAGUUCUGCACCAUUAAGCAAGGUCUUGCAUCAGGCCACUUCGUAUGUAUCCCAUCUGUGACGUUAACACCAAUGGCAGUUAGCCUGGCUUACAGUGUGAACACACUCCCAUGACAAGUGGGUAGGGUACAGAUAUGUUAUCGAAUGUAAUGUUACCAAAGCAUUUAGUUUACUAGGUUAUCAAAAGUAUAUGUUGACACAGCACAUUUUCCACAGUUCAUGUUUUCACAUACUGAUUUUCUUUCUGCCAUUCACUCUGUCUUAUGUAGAGGUGAAACAGGCAAGAAAAAUUUACUUCGGUCCUAGUUUUUCUACUUGAUACAUUCAUUCUAUUGAAUAAUAAAUGGGAAAUUUACAAACCCUUUUUUUAGAUUUUUAUUAAAUUUCUGGUCUUAAGUGUUAAAGCAAGUUUAUUAAACACCUUGCAAAUUG